AUGGCAGACCAAUUGCUUCAGGGCCUUGGGCCGCACUUGACAGAAUUUGCAACUUGUGGAAUUCCAUUCAUUCCUUGCCGUUUCUUAUUUUGGCGCGCGUGGUGCUGGCCCACUCAAGCGGCAGGAAAGGGUGAUGAUCGCGCCCCUGACCCCUGUGGAAGUGCACCUGCAGAUCCUGGAUCUCGGGGUGCUCACCCGCUUCACACAAAGCUUCAUGAACCCGACAGAGGCGCCGCAGGAGGUGACGUAUGUCUUUCCGGUAUUGCCAGCGCCUGCGUGACUCACCUCGAAGCGCAGCUCUCCGGAAGGCCGGUGGUGGGCCACGUCCUCGAGAAGCAAGAAGCCAAGCGGACAUUUGAGACAGCCACCAGGCAGAGCCAGGCCGCAGUGCUACUAGAGAAGGCUGCUGGGGACCUCAUGAGGCUGCGUUUGGGCCAUGUUGGGCCAAAGGAGGCGGUGCUUGUCCAGCUGGAGAUGACAAUGGAACUGCAGAACCAGAGCAAUGGCCAACUCCGCCUGGCCUUGCCGACCAUUGUGCGCCCACGGUACGUGUUGGGGCCCGUGGGUCCAGCAGCAAUGGAAGAAGUCGCUGCCGCGGAGGAAGCCGCGCAAGGACCAGGCGCAGCGCCCUUCUCGCUUACCGCGCAGAUCAAGAUGCCCAGCAGGUUGCUGAACGUGUCGAGCAAUUGUGAGAUGAGCGUGCGGUUGGACGAUUGCGAGGCGUUUGCAUCCCUGGCACUGCCAAGCGUGCCAACUGAGCUGGUUCUCUCUUUGGAUAUGGCCGAGCCAUUUGCGUCCCGCUGCUGGCUGGGCAAGGACUCCGGUGUUUUCUAUGCUGUGCUCUACCCGGAGGAGAGAUCCUUGCAGCACCUUUGGCCCGUGCACGAUGAGAAGCCGAAGGAAUUCAUUUUCUUGCUGGACCGCUCUGGUUCCAUGCAGGGCCCUUCGAUUGGUACAGCCCGGUCUGCCUUGCAGCUGUUUCUAAGGAGUUUGCCUGUGGGAUGUUGCUUCGACAUUGUGGGCUUUGGUAGCACUUGGAGGUCUUUAUUUGGUCGCAGCGUGGCCUAUGAUGCCGAGUCCCUUCAGCAGGCAACUGCGCACGUGAGCAAGGUGCAAGCAGACAUGGGAGGCACUGAGCUUCUUCGGCCUUUGUCCGACCUUCGCGAUCGGCAUGCUGAGGGCUUUGACAGGCGGAUCGUUCUGCUGACAGAUGGCCAGGUGACAAACACCCAAGCAGUGCUGGACCUGGCGGAGAACCUCCCACCCAUCUACACGGUGGGCCUGGGCGGCGGUGUGUCCCAUGCCCUGGUGGAGGGCCUGGCGCAGAACAGUGGCGGUUCGGCGGAAUUCGUGGUGCGCGCGGACGAGUUGCCAUCGACAGUGAUUCGGCAGCUGGGCCGAGCCAUGCAUGGCAGCCCACCGCGCCUCACACAGGUGGACUGGGCAGGGCAGCAGGUGCAACAGCUGUCUCCUAGCAGUCUGGUUCCACGGGGGAGAGGUCCACGACAAGGCCAAAAGCGCCCCAUGGGCUGCGCACGGGGGCGCGGAGUUUCCUGCCACGGCGAGCGGGUGGUGUUGGCGGCAGUGGUCCGCGAAGGCGGAACAGGAUGCGACGAACACUUACAGCUCUGCUUCCACAACUCGGAGGGGAAUGCUGCUUCGGUGCAGCUGCCCGUGGAGCAGGUCGACCCGGCGCACGAGGCCGCCCUGCGCUGCAUGGUGGCCAAGGCCCUGAUUGACGAUGCGCGGAAGCUGCAAAAUGAAGCAGGAGUGAUCGAGCUAGGCACCCGGUUUCAAGUCGUGACCAAGCUCACGUCUUUCAUUGCAGUCGAUGCUGAGCAACACCUGGAACUGCCUUCAACUUCAACCAUCUCGGCAAAUUGCUGGAAUCCAAGCAGCCCAGGCGGCCCAGGAACGAUUUCUGUCAAGAACCUCGGGUCUGUGAUGCGGUCUUUGGGGCAAAACCCCACAGAAGCAGAGCUACAGGACAUGGUGAACGAAGUGGAUGCAGAUGGCAAUGGAACCAUUGACUUUGCCGACUUUCUUUGCUUGAACGCCCGCAAGAUGAGGGAUACCGACAGUGAGGAGGAGCUGAUGGAGGCCUUCCGAGCCUUUGACGAUGGGACUGGCUUUCUCUCGGUCCAAGAUCUGCGGCACGUGAUGUCCAACCUAGGCGAGGCACUGACUGACGCAGAGAUGGAAGAAAUGAUCGCAGAGGCGGACAUCGAUAUGGCACCGGAAGCGGCGAAAAAGGCCUGCACCGCCUUCGACCCUGCCAAGCAGAAGGCCUGGCUCCAAGAGCUGGUGCUGCUGCAGGCCUUCGAUGGCGCUUGGCACGAUUCGCCGGCGCUGUGGAAGGUCCUGGCCCUCGAGCCCAUGGAAGGAGGCCAUCGCUGGGCGACAGCCCUGGCAGUGGCAGCCCUGAAGACCUUUGCGCCAGGACUUGCGGCGGAGUGGGAGUUCAUCGCUGGGAAGGCCCAAGCUUGGCUUGUUCAGGAGGGCUGCAGUGAUUUGAUCAAGGAGGCCAUGGGAUUUUUGCAGGACAGAUCCCUGGACCUGAAAGAUGCGGCGAAUCCCCCUCCGCCGAGUGGCAGAAUUCGCUACGAAGAGUUUGUGAAGAUGAUGAUGUCGAAGUAA